AGCAUGCGCAGUAAACUUCAUUCGAGGAAGUGGAUAGGAGGAGAGGUGUCUCAAGCGACAGAUAAGUGCACGGUUUAUUCCCCCGUUUGGAGCGCAUCAAACAGCCUACAUCGCAUUCAGAAUGUCUGGAUUUGAAAACAACCCCUUCGCAGAUCCAGCCAGCGACAACCCUUUUCACGACCCUUCAGUCACACAAGUGACCAACUCAAACAUAGAGCCAGUCGACCAGUACAACCCUUUCCCUGCCCAUCCCACGGACAGUCUAGCGACUCACACCACACCAGCUGCCACCUCUCCCUACCAGCCUGCGGUGUUACAGCCCUCCACAGAGCCCAGCCCGCAGGCGACAGCAGCUGCAGCCCAGGCCAACCUGCUGAGACAGCAGGAGGAGCUGGAGAGGAAAGCUGCCGAAUUGGACCGCAGAGAGCAGGAAAUACAGAGCAGAAGCCCUGGAGGCAAAGAGAACAACUGGCCCCCGCUUCCUAAGAGCUUCCCCAUCAAACCAUGUUUCUACCAAGACUUCUCAGAGGAAAUCCCCUUGGAAUAUCAGAGAGUCUGCAAGAUGAUGUACUAUCUCUGGAUGUUCCACUGUGUGACUCUGUUCCUCAACUUGCUGGCGUGCCUGGCAUUCUUCACCACUGAUUCUGCCAAUGGCUCGAGCUUCGGCCUGUCCAUCCUCUGGCUCAUCCUAUUUGCUCCUUGCUCUUUCCUCUGCUGGUACCGACCCGUCUACAAGGCCUUCAGGACCGACAGCUCCUUCAAUUUCUUCUUCUUCUUCAUUGUGUUUUUCUUCCAAGUGGCGGUCUUCAUCCUUCAGGCCGUGGGCAUACCCGGUUGGGGCAACAGUGGCUGGAUUGCGUCGUUCACCAUCAUCGGCAAAAACAAGGCAGUAGGAGCCAUCAUGAUAGUGGUGGCCUGCUUCUUCACUGUCUGCGCUGUGCUGUCAGUCAUCCUGCUCAAGAUGGUCCACAGCCAGUACCGUCGGACUGGGGCCAGUUUCCAGAAAGCCCAGCAGGAGUUCUCCCAGGGUGUUCUCAGCAAUAAAACCUUCCAGUCGGCCGCCGCCUCAGCAGCCUCCUCUGCUGCCUCCUCUGCUGCCCAGGGAACUUUCCAGGGGAACAAUUAAUACCAGACUGGACUAAGCCAAACUCGUGUUAACUGGGCCAGGCUGGGUUAGAUUAAGGUCUAUAGAUUAUCAAGUCUAGAUGACAAGCCAAACUAAGUUUCCUUAUUGAGUCGAUGUGGAAGUUAAAGUUUAUUGAGAUCUAGGUUGGCUGCACCAUAAUAACAUUCAGGAAAAAUUUCUGGAUGAUAAUAUGACUGGUACCAAAACUCUUGCAUUUGGACUGAUCGGCUGCAUUUCAUCACCUAACUUGGUAAUUUAUAGACCUUGAGCUGGGUGAGGCUACGCUAACAGCCCUCUCCUUCCACCCCUGCAGUUGAUGCAAAUGUAAUUUCCCAUGUUAACUUGGCUUCUCACGUUCAGAAUAUGUCCCUCAGAGCCUGACACACAGGUUGCGUCUUCGGGCUCUAUUGGGUUCGGGUCUAAAGCAGUUAAAGGGCAGUGGACGGCAAAGUCCCUCACUAAGCGCAUUUUGGGGUGGAAUGCAUGAAUGAAGUUGACUGAUUGCAAUUGUAGUGUGUCUUGGCUUUGUUGUGUGUGUGUGUGUGUGUGUGUGUGUGUGUGUGUGUGUGUGUGUGUGUGUGUGUGCGCGCGCGCGCGUGCUUUUUGGCAAUGCUCUUCAGUGUAAUUUGUCUUUGCGCACUUUCUCCAAGGCUCUUGUAUGUGUGUGUGUGUGUGUGUGUGUGUGUGUGUGUGUGUGUGUGUGUGCAUGCAUUUGCACAGAUGCACAGAUGCAUAUGUGAAUGUGUGUGUGGUGCACAUGUGCCCUCAUCAAUGGUCGACCCUGACCCUGUAAUAUAAAUAAGAUGAAGUGUUUGUGUUAGUCAUUGAUGAUAUCUUUUUCAGUCUUGCACAGCAUUUGUGUUUGUUGAAUCCAGUUUGGCAAUUUCAGUAUAUAGAGGAAGAACAAGUAAUUCCACAAACAGCAUGUGUAGUAGCUGAAUGGAGGGUAGCAUGUAUGAAGUUAAUCAUAAUCUGCGUCUACUAGUCUGAGAAGUUUGGAUGUUAUUGUUACUGUAAUUAUCUAUUUAAAUGUGGGGUCAUAUUUGUUACCUGCAAAGGAAAGAGAAAAUAUCAAAUAGCAUUUCAAAAGAAAGGACAGUCCCAUCACUUUCAGAUUGAGGUACCAUGUUUGCUUGUCUGUAAGUGUGCCUUGAAUUGUGUCCAUGAAAUUUGAGAGACCAGUGUUGUUUCAGAAUAUUUGGUGGACAAAUUUAAAGCAAAUCCACUCCCCUCCAUAGUUUGUCUUGUACCAAGAGGAACCACACCUUUUAAAAUAGCAAUCAAAAAUUAGCUGGUGUUUAAGUCAUGAUCACAUUUACAGAAAAGGCCCAAAAGUUAUACCUCAGUCAGUUUGAUGCAAGGAGGCAGAUCACAAAUACAUUUAAAUUUACCUUAAAUUAGAAUACAGACUAGAAUUGUUAUGGCUAAGGCAUUAAACUGAUUUUUUUUAAUCAGUAGUAAAUUAAGUAUGGUUAAUGAAGCAGCUUUAACCAAAUCUUUGAACAGAGCCUUGAUAAGUUAUUUCUCCUGUUCACAACGAUGGUCAGUGGUUCCUAAGGAAACCAACACAAUAUUACCUGGGAAAAGGAAAACAUAUCACAAGUCUAAUGAAAUACAUAAACUAUGUUAAGUACAUACAGCUGCAGUUUUAAACAUUUUAAACAUUUUGCCUUGAUGAGCUGAGACAAUACAAUCCAAAGCUUAUUCUGCUCAUUCACUACUAACGAUAGAUAUGUUAGGAAUUAAUUUUGCACAUAGAUUGCCUUACUUUUCAAUGCUGUGGUGCAUUCAGUUUGGAACAUUUGAAAUACAUCUGAAGUAGAAAAAGAUCUCCGAAAUUCCCGCUGUGUCUGUGAAGCUUGCCAACUGUGGUUUUGAAAUGGAAUUUCUACUAGAACAGUAUGAAUUUGAUAAGUCCAUCCCUCUCUUUAACCACACCAUUCUUUCAACAUCAUAUGCAGCUAAGGUAUUGAAAUAAUUUGCAGUUUCAGUUUUCGUUACAGAUUGCUUGAUUUAGGCAUUUUGGUAAAUUCAGUCUUGCCUUUUAUAGAUUACCACCAAGCUCUAAAUUAUUUGUGGAUUGAUGUAUAUUUUCUGUGUGAUUUCUUACAUUGGAAGACAUACUUAUGUUUAUAUGAUGUAUACUUUUAAAGUAUUGAUUUUGAUGUAACAGAUAUUAACAGUUCUAAAGAAUAAAUGCAAAUUCAGAGAUAAAGAACGAUGUUUUUGCAAGAGAUAAUAGUUAUAUGUAAUAUUCAAUCAUAUCGACUAAAAAGGAUUUGUCUUAAUUCAUACAUUUCUGUAUGCGUUGUAUUGGGAGAAGAGAAUUCAGUGCCUUUUGUAUUUCAAUAUUGAAUAUAGUAUCUAAUAAAAAUGCUUUGGCUUUCA